UUCCUGCUUCUACCUGCAAUCUUCCUCUCGCACACAGAGAGCUAGCUGGCUGCACUGGAGCAGUACAUCCAUCUGCCAUGAAGAUAAGAGGGCUUUUUGUGGAGGCAGUUCUAGCCUUUUGCUGCUGCUUAGGUAUUACAUUUGGAGUUGAGGUUGAUUGCAACCAGUAUCCCAAGAGCAUUGGCAAGGAUGGGACGGCCCUAGUAGCUUGCCCAAGGAACUUGAGGCCAGUCUGUGGCACCGAUGGCAACACGUACAGCAACGAGUGUGGGAUCUGCUUCUACAACCAGGAACACGGGACCAGUGUGGAGAAGGUGCAUGAUGGAGAAUGCGAGCCAAAACCUACUAUGAUUGAUUGCAGUAUGUACCGAAGAGCUGUAAUAGAUGGUCACAUCAUGGUAGCAUGCCCAAGGAUACUGAAACCAAUCUGUGGCUCAGAUGGCUUCACUUAUGACAAUGACUGUGGGAUCUGUGCUUAUAAUGCAGAACAUAACACCAACGUUAGCAAAAUGCAUGAUGGAGAAUGCAAGGAGGUUGUCACUAUUGACUGCAGUAAGUACCCAACACAAACCACUAAAGAUGGCAAAGUAUUAGUAUCCUGUCCAAGGAACCUGAGUCCAGUUUGUGGCACAGAUGGCGUUACAUAUGAUAAUGAAUGCGGGAUCUGUGCCCACAAUGGAGAACACAGGACCCAUGUUAGCAAAAAGCAUAAUGGAAAAUGCAGAGAGAAGACUUCUGAGAUCGAUUGCGGUCAAUACCCAUCAAGAAUGAUUAAGAAUGGUAAAGCCCGGAUACCCUGUCCAAGGAUCCUGCUCCCAGUCUGUGGCACAGAUGGAUUUACUUAUGACAAUGAAUGUAGCAUCUGUGCCCAUAACCUAGAACAUGGGACACAAGUUAAGAAAAGCCAUGAGGGAAGAUGCAAGGAGGAAAGUAGUCCUGUUGACUGCAGCACAUAUCUGAGCAAUACCGAAACCGGCGAAGAGAUUGCCGCCUGCCCUUUCAUCCUGCGUGAGAUCUGUGGGACAGACGGUGUCACCUACAGCAAUGACUGUCUGCUAUGCGCCCAUAACAUCGCAUCUGGAACUGAUGUUGCCAAGAAGCAUGAUGGAAGGUGCAUAGAGGAAGUUCCCCAACUCAACUGUAGCCAGUACCCACAUUCCACGCUGGAGAACGGUGGACAGAUCAUGGCCUGCACGAUGAUAUACGAUCCCGUUUGCGGUACUGAUGGUGUCACUUAUGCCAGUGAGUGUACACUGUGUGCCCACAACCUGGAGCAUCGGACCAAUUUUGGCAAAAGAAAGAAUGGACGCUGUGAAGAGGAUAUUACAAAAGAGCAUUGCAAGGAUGUCCAAGAAGUCUCUCCUCUCUGCACCAUGGAAUAUAUGCCCCACUGCGGCUCUGAUGGGACAACAUACAGCAACAGAUGUGACUUCUGCAAUGCCUACUUGAGAAGCAGUAGGACUCUCAAGCUCAUGAGUAUGACUGAAUGUUAA